CAUAUUCCAAUUAUCCAAAUUUCCAAUCCAAUUAAGAAAAUGGAUGCAUUGCCUGAAGGUGUUGUUCAAUACAUUUUGGCAACAAUAAGCAAUGCCAAAGAUGUUGCAUCUUGUAACUGUGUCUCCAAGAAAUGGAAAGAUUCAAUGCCUUACAUUAGAAGCCUUUACUUUUCUCGAAGCAUUUUCGACAACCUAAAAAAUGGGCAAACUUCGGACAACAUUGUGAGGCAGAUUGUUUCGUCUGUUGAAAAGCUCGAAGAGCUUAUCGUGUACUGUCCCUUUACCAGUGCAGGACUGGGGUCGUGGUUGUUGUUUGUUGGAUCUUCAUUGAAGAAUCUAGAGCUUCGUAUGGAUAAUCUUGUUGAUCAAGAUUCGGGUAGUGGUAAUCCAACAAAAAUUGAGUGUGUUCAGGUUGCGAGGAAUUUGGAGUCGUUGAGACUUUGGGGUGUACUAAUGGUUCAAGCGCCGAAAUGGGAUAUGUUUAGUAAGCUGAAAACACUUGAAAUUGUUGGUGCAAAAAUGGAUGAUGUGGCUUUGGGUGAGGCACUUAAAGCAACACCUAAUCUGACUCGUCUUGUACUUCUUGGUUUAGAGGGUUUGAGGAUUGUUUGGAUUGAGCUUCAACAUCUUGAGCAUUGCAAUCUUGAUUUUUCUAGUUCGGGUGGUUGUUCACUUACUCUCACAGCUCCCAAGAUUGAAUACCUUGAGGUUCAAGGUUGUAGUUGGAUUCGCGUUCAAAAGACUAAUUGUUUAAAGAAUCUCUCUAUUGCCAACAAUGCUGGGAGAGUUUACAUGGUGGACUUUGGUAAGCUUGUGGCACUUGAAUCGUUAUCUGUUAGAGGUGUACAGUGGUGUUGGGAUGCGAUAAGCAAAAUGCUUCAACUUGCAGGUGAAGUGAAGCAUCUAUACAUGAAAGUCGAAUUCACUGGAGAUUUUGAAGCUCUUCUGCCCUUUCCGGAGAUUGAUUUGGUUGAUUUUUUCAAGAGUCACCCUAAGCUCAAAACAUUUGAGAUCCAUGGUGCAAUGUUUGCUGCACUAUGCCAGAAGAACAGUCUAAAGAAUGUGGAUUCCGAUUUCAUGAUUCCUUGCCUUGAAGAGGUAGUGAUUACUGUAAGAUCUCCAUUGAAUGCUGAACAAAAGAUGAACACACUCGAGUCUUUGGUAAAGUUUGGAACAAAAUUGAAGAAAAUGAAGAUCAGGAUUCUUCGGAUGAAAAGUUCUCACAGUUGUGCUGACGAUUUUUUUGAGGAGAUAUGCAGGUUUAGAUACAUGAAUCAGAAGUUGGUCUCAAUAGAAUAAAACCUGUCUUCUACUCUUUAGCUUACUAUAUUCAUCCCACAAUCUGAUCUUAUAAUUCAUUUUUGGAGCAAAACUUUGAUUACUUUUUUGAUGAUUUUGAU